UGGCUCACACACAUUCACAGCCACAGGCCCAAGCGCGUACUGUCCUGCUGUCACGGGAGGAGGAGGCUCGUCAGGUAUGUUUGUCUCUAACUCCGACGGAUACUCAGCUGAUCUCUGAAUUGAGGUUUUUAAAACGCUGGUUUGCCAUGUGUAGUGUUCACAUGGGGGAGGUUUGAACGUCCAAAGUGCACGUGGUUGUGGCUAAAUUGUGAGAGUUUGCGGUCGGAGCACAGCCUCCCCCCUUUGCUCUCACUUUCGUUUUCAGACAAGGCCAGUUGCCGAGGCGUUCAGGAUGGCCGGCAGGCUCUCGCUCCCGGAGGUCGACCUCUCCUGCCCCAUAUGCUGCGACAUCUUCCGCGACCCCGUGGUCCUCAAGUGCAGCCACAGCUUCUGCGCGCCCUGCCUGCAGCAGUACUGGACGCCGCGGGGGCCGGGGUCGGGCCGCGACUGCCCCCUGUGCAGGAGCCAGAGCGUGGACGACCCCGUGCCCAGUCUCUCCCUGAGGAACCUGUGCGAGUCCUACCUGGAGCGGGAGGGCGAGGAGGCGGCGCCGGGCGAGGAGCGGGCCGCCGAGCUGCAGGGCGCCCCCGGGGAGAUGUGCCCGCUGCACGGCGAGAGGCUGAAGCUCUUCUGCCUGCCGGACAAGGUGCCCAUCUGCGUGGUGUGCCACACGUCGAGGAAGCACAAGCAGCACGACUGCUGCCCCGUCGGCGAGGCGGCGGCGGACGCCAAGGAGAAGAUGAAGUCGGCGCUCGGCUCGCUGCAGGAGAAGAGGGACGCUUUCGAGCGAAUGAAGCAGAACUACGAGGACACCGUGGCGCACAUCCAGGUCCAGGCCCGAUUCGUGGAGCGGCGGACCCGCGAGGAGUUCGAGAAGCUCCGCGGCUUCCUCCGGGCCGAGGAGGAGGGCCGGAUGGAGGAGCUGAGGGCGGACGAGGAGCAGAAGAGGCGGGCGAUGGCGCGGAAGAUCGAGGAGAUCGAGGGGAGCAUCGCCACCGUGUCGGCCAGCAUCCGGGACCUGGAGGAGGAGAUGGCUCUGGACGACAUCUCCGUCCUGCAUAAAUGCAAGAGGACACUGGAAAGAGCGGACUCUCCGGGCGAAGAGCCGCCGCUCAUGCCGCCGGCGGCUCUCAUCGACGUGGCCAAGUACGUCGGCUCUCUGUCGUUCCACGUGUGGGAGAAGAUGCACAGAAUCGUCAAAUACACCCCGGUGACCCUUGACCCCAACACCGCCGCCCCGUGGCUCGUCCUGUCCGACGACCUCGCCGGCGUCUGCGACAGCGACGACAAGCGGCGGCUGCCCGACAACCCGGAGCGGUUCCACCCGGACACGGCCGUGCUGGCCCGCGACGGCUUCGCCUCGGGCCGGCACGCCUGGGACGUCCACGUGGGCGACAACGAGGCGUGGGUGGUCGGCGUGGCCAAGGAGUCGGUGCGCCGCAAGGAGAAGGUGUCCUCGGUGCUGCAGAACGGCUACCUGUGCGUGUACUUCUACCACAAGAUGUACUUCGCGGGCACCUCGCCGCUCACGCGGCUCCCGCUGAGGGGGAACCCGCGGCGGAUCCGGGUGCUGCUGGACUGCGACAAGGGCCGCCUGUCGUUCCACAGCCCGCAGGACAACGACGCGCACAUCUACACCUUCAAGCACGCCGUCACCGAGAAGGUCUUCCCCUACUUCUGGGUGGGCUGCCAGAAGUGUCCCCUGACGGUGGAGCCGCAGGAGGUGUCCUGCAAUAUCCUUCAACCAAGUACAACGGACGCCUUACUAUAGUAUACGUGUGCACGGAAAAAAAUCAGUUAUUCUACUUUAACUUGCACUUUUAACGUCCCACUGUGUCUAAGUUGAUCAGAGAAUCUUUAUAUUGUCACGUUUAUGAAUUCCGAAUCAAUAAUAAUCCAGCAUUCGCGGGCUGAACUCUUCUUCUCUUCGUCUGUUUUAGAGACCACUGGCUAUGUGUGACACACACACACACACACGCCAAAUGGCUUUCAUGUGCAAAUUCCAAUGAUGUCACUGUCUUUUAUGUGCAAAUACCAAUGAUGUCAUCGCGGUCUGUGGGCACUCGUACACAAAUAAAAUCAUUUGCAAACAUCA